AUGCAGGCCGAUGUCGGGUGUCCGUGGGCCCCACCUUGGUGGGACGCCACGAUUCCUCAAGGUCGAACCAUCCACGCGGCGGCGGGAGCCGCCGCGCAGGCCGCCGCGCCGCGGCGGGCCCGCUGGAGAGAGGCAGCGCCGUGCUUGCCGCUGCGGGAGCUCUCCCGCGACGUGUGCCCGCGGCGAUGCUUUCGCCUUGCAGGCGAUGCUGCGAUCCGGGCGGCCGCGGAGGUCCUGGUCUUCGCCAUCGCCAUCGUGGCGCACUCGCUGAUCUUUUCGAAGCACACGGUCCAGGGAAAGGCGCGCAAGGCGCGGCCCGCCCCCGGCCCCCCCGCGAAGCUGGGCAGGGCCGCCGCGGGCCGGGAGGCGCCGGGCGCCGGCCCGCGGGCGGGUCCCGCGGCCGCGCCCUGCGGCGCGCUGCUCCGCGGGGCCGGCACGGCGGAGCAGGUGCUCGCGGCGUACGAGGGGCAGCCUGCCGCGGCCGACGUGCUGGCCGACCCCCAGGCCGGCAAAGCCGUGGCGGCGGCCGCGAUCGGGUGCGGGCGGAGGGACCUGCUACGGAGGCUCGUGUCCGCGUCGCCCGGGGGGCCGCGCCAGGUGGGGCUCCUGAAGAGCUUCGGCGCCGAGCAGGACCUGAGUGCCGCCCUGCAGGUCUUCGAGGCGUGCCCCGAGAAGACGGUUUGCCUCCACAACGCGCUCCUGGACAUCUGCGUCGAUCUGCGGGAUAUGGCAGCGGCCGAGCGAGUGAUGUCGAGGGCCGCUGAGGCAGGCGUAGCCGACGUGUGCACCUACAACAUCAUAAUCAAGGCGUACCUCAAGAGUGGCGAUCUCCCCCGUGCCCGGUCGGCUAUCCGGGCUAUGCGGUCUGGCGGGCUCGUGCCCAACGCCGUCACGUUCAACGAGCUGAUCGACGCGGCGGUGAGGGCAGGCCGCGAGGACGUGUGGGGCCUGGUCGACGAGAUGCGGGCCUGCGGGGUGAAGCCCAACCAGGUGACCCUCUCCACCUUGCUGAAGAACGUCCAGCGCUCCUCCAGGGUUGCGGACCUGGAGAGGACGAUCGCCAUGCUCGACGCAAUGGACGAGUCCCUGGACGAGGUGCUCCUCGGCUCGGUCUGCGAGGCGUGCAUCCGCGCCGGGCGGGCGGACCUCGUGGCCACGCAGCUGAAGAAGAGGCGCGGGGGCGAAGGCGGCGGGAGAGUCCGCGGCGCGCACACGUUCGGGAGCCUCAUCCGCGCGCACGGCUUCAUCCAGGACCUGGAGGGCGUGUGGUCCACCUGGAACGAGAUGAGGUCCGCUGGCAUACUGCCCACCAGCAUCACGCUGGGCUGCAUGGUCGAGGCCGUGGUCAGCAACGAUGGCCCAGACGCGGGCCUCGGACUCAUCCUCGACAUGCGCGCCGACGGGGCCACGAGGCCGCUGCUGAACGCGGUGAUCUACUGCUCAGUGCUCAAGGGGGUCGUGAGGGAGAAGCGGUUCGACCGCGUGUGGGACAUAUACCAGGAGAUGCAGGCGGAGAAGGAGCAGCUGCAGUUUUCCGUCACGACCUACAACACCCUCAUCGACGCCUGCGCCCGCAGUGGCGACAUGAGCACGAUCAUCAAGGGCCACUGCCAGGAGAAUCGCCUCGACGAGGCUUUCGAGCUGCUCGAGAACAUGAAGCGGUCCAAGGGUCUGCAUCCGGACGAGAUCACUUACAACACGCUACUUGACGGCUGUUCGCGCCACGGCAUGUUUGACCGUGGUAUGGAGCUUCUUCAGGAGAUGCAGGAUGCCGGCGUGCCCCCCAGCAACUUCACGCUCUCCGUGCUGGUCAAGCUGGCGAAGCGCAGCCACAUGGUCGACAAGGCCUUCGAGGUCUGCGAUGACAUCUCCAGGAAGUACCGGCUCCGGCUGAACGUCCACGUGUUCAACAACCUGAUCCACGCCUGCACCGCGCAGCACGACGUGGACCGGGCCCUGGGAGUGUUUCGCCGCAUGCUGAAGGAGCGCGUCCACCCCGACGGUCGCACGUACUCCCUGCUUCUGCGCGCCGCGGCCGACCGCGGCGACGCCGAGGAGGCCGCCGCGCUGCUGCGCGCCGCCGUCGGGCUGCCCGACCCGCACCCGCUGCUGGCCGGCGCCGGCGCCGCCGCGCUGCAGCUGCGGGGCGCGCCCCCCGCCGAGCUGCUGUCGGAGGGCCUCGAGGGCAUCGCCAAGCUCAGCGAGCCGCUGGCGCUGCAGCUGGUGAAGGAGAUGAGGCCGCUCAGGUCCGUGAGGCUCGACUCCAGGCUCGUGCUGCGGCUGGCCUCGAAGCCAGGCCCGCCGCGCCGCGGGCAGUGA